AUGUUAGUACUGCUGAGGAUGGAAAACAUUACAGACUCUAGAGAGCCUGAAGAAAAACGACAUCGAAAAAGGACAUCGCUUGAUCCUGUAACAUGUCCAGUUUGUGGUAUAACAAUUCGUGAAAAUGAGCUUGACUAUCAUUUCAAAAGUGAACUUGAAAAGCUAAAUAAGAUUAAGAAAAUGAUCAAUAAAAGUCCUUCGACUACACCACCUGGAACAUCAAAAAGCAAGAUAGGAGAGAGCAGUAAUGCAACUAAAAAUGAUUCCGAUGAGAAUUGCUGGGAAACUUAUCAGAAAAUUAAAGAAAAUCGUGUUCGGAGAAAUUCAAAAAUAAAAACUCGUAAGAGAAAAAUUGAGGAUCGUGCAUGUCCAAUAUGUUCAAAAAUCAUAACAGAAGAUUUGCAGUUGCAUGUUGAGUUGUGUUUGAAGAAACAAGAAAACACUUCCGAUGAAUCUGAUGAUGAAAUUGAUGUUGGCGAAACUUACAGUUGGUGUGGACAAACGAGAGUCAGAGCAACAACACUCAUUGAAGGUGGCUUAUCUUCUGCAGGAAUUGGGACAUGUUUAACAAAAUCAAAUGAAGAUGAAGACACUGAAGUCAACAUUGAUGGUGAUGAUGACACGCAACUCUAUGGAUCCGCUCAAUAUAGUGAACGUGACAUAAUUCUGCUUAAUAAAGACGACCAAAGACUAAGAGAUCUCGUAAUAGGUGAAAGUACUCCAUCAACUUCAGCUACAACUGAAACUCGAGAAGAAAAUAAUCAAAACGUUGCUAAUAGCGUCUCACCAUCAGCUUCACCGACAUCUGAAAAGAACGACUUAGACAACAAAAUAACAAUGGAUGAUCAUUCCAACAGUCAUCAAAUUAUUGAAAGCCUCAAGGGGCGAAUUCGCGAAUAUGAAAAGUUUAUUCGAAACAAGCCAAAAUGUUUGAUUUGUCUCGAUGAUUUUAAGAAUCCCGUCGUGUCAAUCUGUUGUUGGCAUGUACAUUGUGAGGAGUGUUGGCUUUACACACUCGGAUGUCGAAAGCUUUGUCCUCAAUGUAACAUGAUAACAUCAGCAGCUGAUUUAAGAAGAAUUUACCUCUAAAACGCAAAGACAAUUUUUUUUAUCGAAUUAUUUUGUGUAUAAGAAAAAAUGAAAAAGAAUAAAAAGUAAAAUUUAAUUGAGUUUUCUCAUGCGUUCGAUUGGCUUUCUCGAUUGAAUUUUCUGUCGUUUUGUAGCUGGUGAUGAUUGAGACCCUGUUCUGGUCCCGCUGUUUGAACUUGUUCGUCGUCUCUUCAUUGGAUUUUCUUCGUGAUCAUUUCUUUUUGUAUUGAAAAAGUUUCUUACAAAUUCUGGCUUUUUGAAACUAAAUUUCCACAUAUUUUCAUUGUUACUUGAAGAUUCUGAGUUGCUGCUGCUUUUU